AUGCUCUUCCGUCUGAUCACUCGGAUUCAAUCUCUCGCGACAGCUGAUGGGAUGGAACUGCAGCAAAAAAAUGAGUGCUCGCCCGACCAACCGUUCCCAUGCAAAACUCCGGGCCAGUGUAUUUCACUUGGCUUCCUUUGCGACGGACAAAACGACUGCGAUGACGAGUACGACGAAGAUCCGCUGCUGUGCAUCGCAAGUAAGUGGAGGCUUGCCUGA